ACACGACAAAAAAGAAAACUGCACCAGACGCUGUCCUGUUGCUCUGUUGGCUACGAUUUCGUUUCGACCUCGAUUCGAUUCAAUUCGAUUCAAUUCAAUCAGCUUGAAAUACAGGAGAACUACAAACAGAGCGACUGGUAGCAGAAACUGAGAGGAUUCGAUUCGAUUCGAUUGAAUUCAUCAUUCUACUCAACAUGUCGGACUUUUUGUGGAAGUUGAUUGGGAUGAACAUUGGCAUUGGUGUGUGGCUUUGGUGUUUGUUCUCUUGGUUUUCCAAAAGCCAAAUUUGGGAACCAACCGGAGAGGUCCAAGUGUCUUCACCAGAGGAAUUUGAGCCAAGCGACGAGACGCAAGAGACUCAAACCGAGACCUUUGAGCCAAUCAACGAGACUGCUAAAGAGAUUCCACCACCAAAGAUUCUCCCGAUUGACGAUUUGAUUUGUCCCAUUUGCUUGGAGCUUCCAUGGGAUCCUGUCAUUGCGGAGGAUGGAUGUAUUUAUGAUCGACCGUUCAUUGAGACACAUAUGGAGAGCCAAGACGACCAAAAUCUCAAAUCGCCAGUCACCAAUCUGCCAAUGGGCCGCCGCCUCAUUCCUGUGAUCCGUAUUCGCAAUCACAUUGAGAUUUUGGUGGAGUCGGGCGUCAUUAGUGGAAAUCACGCUGCAAAGUGGAACGCGAAGGUUCAAGAGAAGAAAGUCAUGGAAAAGUUUCUGGCGAAGGCAGAGGGCGGAGAUGCAAUGUUUGAUGUAGGGCAGAACUAUGAAUUCGGUUUCCGCGGUUUCAAGCAAGAUCACACAUUGGCCUUUCAGUGGUACGAGAGAGCGCACAAGGCUGGAAAUGCUGCUGGCACUGCAAGUUUGGGGGGUUGCUAUCUUGAUGGGAAAGGUGUGGCCCGGCAACAGUCACUUGGAUUGGAGCUCAUGUCCACUGCAGCUGACCAAGGUUCCCCCACUGCCGCUUUCAUUUUGGCAAUGUAUGGUAUUGACAACGGACGGUACCGGUUCCGUAGACUUCAGCGUGGACAAAGCACUGGCAAUCCAUUAGCUUGAGAAGGCGGUUAGCUCCUGCCCUCGUCGUGGUAUUGGUUUGGCAGAUUCCGCUCUCACCGAAGCCCGAGAGAAACUGAGUGAGCUUCGGGCAAGCCAAAACAAUUGAGGUUUCCGCUUGCUUUCUGGGGAGCUGUCUCACUUUUCCCCACAAUCCACUCGGCAUUCAAUCCAAAUAGAAUUCGCCUACAGCUAGAACCGAAUUAUUGUGCUUUCUCUACCAUCUAUCUAAUGCUGUUCGUGGGUAGUAUAGUUCUGGUUGUAUCCAAUCACAUAGAC